UAUUAAACAACGAAUUUUAAGGGACAAUAAUAUGACGGUUUUGGAAAAAAUUCUUAUUUUUGUACUUGUUUGUUUGGUUUUAGGUGGAUCCCAGAGUCUAAAAUUUAACUCAAAAGCAGGGGUAGUUAAUCAAAAAACAAGACGGUGUUCAAACAGAGAGACAACCCAUCUUCGCGAUGUAAAUUCAAAUGAGAAACAGUCAAGCUCAAGCAAAUCUGAAGAGUCUGAUGAAUCUGACGAAUCUGAUAAAAAUAAUUUAAAAGCAGUCCAAGCAUCGGCAGACAGUACGAAUGAAAAGAAUACAGCUGUUAAAGAUACAGUUUCAACUUCAAUACAAAAGGAAGAGAAUUCGUCAAUGAUUGCCGACACUACAGAUGUAAUACCAAUUCCCGAGCAAAUAGAACAUGCUCAAUUGAAAGAUGAUGAUAUAUGCUGGGAUUUUGAAAAGGAACGAUGCAAAGAGCUGGCCGAUGCAUACUCGUAUUACUGGAGGAAUGAUUGUGAAAGUGAUGAGGAUUGUGUUCAUCAAUAUUUUGUCUACAAUAUUGGAAAAUGCUGUGAGGUUCCCUGUGGUGAUGUGAAUAAAGUGUGCCGGUACCCAAUAGGCGUUCGCGAUCUUGUAGGCUCUUUGGAUCCAGAGUAUAUGCCAUGAAAAAAAAAUCAUUGUAACUUGAACAAUAAAGAGAGAAAACAUUCAAU